UGUGUUCAAAGACAUUCACGCUCACACACAGCAUCAUACUCAUAAUUUAUGGGUUAUGGUUAGGUUAGUGCCAUUGCAUACAGGUUUUACUCUUUAUUGCGUUUAAGGACAUCAUAAACUCCAAAUAAUUGAGAAGUAAAUUGAAACAAGUAGAGUUUUUAAAUAAGUUAAUGAAUGAAAGAAGCCACUCACUUCUCGCGAGAGUUGACUCAAGACACGGAAGUCACGAUGUGUUGAUCUUGUUCUGUAUUCAAAGUUAUUUAGCUUAAUUUAUUUGAUCAUAUUUGGUCACACACGUUGUAAGGAUUGCUGUCAAGUAUGAUCUUUUCACCUUUCUUUGAAGACGAAAAGUUCAAACGACUUCCGCAUACGUCAUGUGAAAAUUCGCGGAGAGCACCCGUCGACUCUUUGGAAAUGGAAAUAUAACAGCCGACGACGACGCAUUGUGACAAUCUCAGCCUUCUAAUAUGGCAUUAUUAUUUUUUUUUUUACAUCAGCAGUGGUAAAGGAAGUAUGUCACUGCUGACCGCCAUUGAGAACGCCAUCAAGUCGUGCAAAGACGAACAAGCCAGGCUGAAUGGCCGCAUUCGGUUCUACAGAGAAGUACUCUUACACAGCCACUCCAAGGGAAUCACAACAGACUGAUGCUGCUGCUACAGAUGCAGCCACAUCCCCGGUGGAGACAGAAGACAUAAAACUGAUUGGGCAAGCAUUAGAAAAAGCCCUUUAUGUCCACACUGGCACAAGCCUCUCUGAAGGAAAAAAACCCUCUCAGCCUAGAAAGAAUCUCGCUGCCACGGGUGUCCAAUCUAAAGGGGCAACUUUAAAAGCCUCUGCUGCUUCUAAAGGAAAUGAAUCAACCAACAGAACAACACUUAAGUCUGCAAGUCUCAACAGAAGAGGGCAGAGAAAGCCUGGAACAUCUUCCACACAUGGUACAAGAUCCUCAGCUGUGUCCGAUGUGAUCCAGACGCAUCCUGCUCCAUCAGCGGGAAAAAAUGUCCAGCGCUCUACCUCAGCGAGCAAAGGUGCAAGACGUAGUGUGCCGAGGGAUGAGGACCUGGCCAAAGCUUCCGCGGUAACGUCACCUUGGACUGACACGGAAGACACAGGAGAUGACCAUCAGCCAAGGAGAACACAGUGUGAGCAGAUGGCGCAGUGGAAGUCUCUGUGGGUGAAGCAAAACAGAAUGUGGGACAAAGUAAUGGCCACUCAAAGGAAACCUGUGCCCGAGAGGAUUCGCUUCAUGGAGAGAAUGAGCGCAACGUUCCCUAAGGACUGGCCACGUGAUAGUCCAGACCAGAUCAGUGGUCUGCUUGGCAGUUUGACUCACCAGACUGAUGAACUGGUCCGCCAGUCCCAGCAGACCCUGGAGCCAAGUACCGACGCGGGGAUGAAAGAUUCCUGCAUCCCACUUGAGAGCCUGCAAAUUACAGCGGCGGAGCUCCAGAACGUUGCAGAGCAGGCCAAACAAGAGUGGGAAGCAUGGGAUCGAUGGAGGCCAGAGGGAGGUCGUCUUUGCUCCGCGGGGGCUACGGGAUAUGAGGCGAUGGCAGGGCGUCUGCCCGUGACUAUCACUUACACCUCAGAGGCCGAGCUCAGAGAGCUGGAGACGCUGCGGAUGAGAGUAGCGCUGCUGCAGCAGGAGAUGUCCCUCCAGCAAGCUCUGCUGGACGCUCUGUCUCCUCAGUUGGCCUCCAUCAUUUCUUCCUGUCCUAAUCGCAGUGUGCUGAGAGACUUGUACUCCCUACUGGGUGAAGGAGGUCAGCGUUUCCCUGCCAUAGUCCUGGACUCUGAGCCUGACUGAUUAGCGAGACAACUGAAAGGUUAAACUAUGCAGUACAUUGCGGUCCAUCUCCAUAAUACCAUAUUUCAUCACUCAUUCGUGGAAUCGAGUACAGCACCAGGUGGAUUAUGGCUCCUCUGCCAAAUUCAUUGAAUUUGUUUAUAUCAUGUAAUGUGUGUUUCCAUGUCAACUUGUUUCAUCAUUUUUCAUAUCAUUAUUUGUUAUACUCCAGUCGUAUUCUCAAUAUUUACAAUAAAAAAUAUUAACAGGUUUUCUAUGUCUUAGAUGUCUUGUUUUCUCUUAUUAUGUCUACUAUAUUGGGGUAUAGGAGUGUAAAGGUGACUAUAGGUGUUAUUUCAUGUCUAGAGGGCUCUAGUAAUGUUAAAAUCUGUAUUUAGAAGGUCGUAAAGAGGUGUUCUGUGUCUUAAAUGUCUUAUUUUCUCUUAUUUCUACUAUAUUGCGUAAUAAGAGUGUAAAGGUGACUAGAGGGAUGUUAUGUCAUCUCUACAGUGUCAUGACACGCAGGACAGGAGCGAGUAUUUUCCGUCCUGCGCUCUUAUUUUGCAAGCGGUGAUUCCUGCUCGGUGGAAGAGGCAGCUGCUUUACACCUGGUGCCCACGCAGCUGUCGGCAAUUAGUGGCAGUUAAAAGGCCAGCAUCGUCAGACGUACGGCGCUGGCUCAUUGAGUUUGUUACUGGUGCUAUAACUUAGACUAUCUACUUACCUGUGCCUUGGAAU